AGACGCGGUCGGAGCGGAGCCGUCUAGGAAGUGCCGGCCGCGGGUCACCCAACCUGGAACAGCGGCCGAGCGACAGCCAGACCGCAGCGAUUAGGGCUCGGGGUCGGCAAGAUGCCUCUGUUCACCGCUAACCCCUUCGAGCAGGACGUGGAAAAAGCCACAAAUGAGUACAACACUACAGAAGAUUGGAGUCUUAUCAUGGACAUAUGUGACAAAGUUGGAAGCACUCCUAAUGGAGCAAAAGAUUGCUUAAAGGCCAUAAUGAAGAGAGUAAAUCAUAAGGUUCCUCAUGUUGCUCUGCAAGCAUUAACUCUUCUUGGGGCUUGUGUGGCAAACUGUGGAAAGAUAUUUCAUUUAGAAGUAUGUUCCCGUGAUUUUGCAACAGAAGUACGUGCUGUGAUAAAAAAUAAGGCUCAUCCUAAAGUAUGUGAAAAACUGAAGUCUUUGAUGGUAGAGUGGUCAGAAGAAUUUCAGAAGGAUCCUCAGUUUAGUCUAAUAUCUGCAACUAUUAAAUCUAUGAAAGAAGAAGGAAUUACUUUUCCUCCAGCAGGUUCUCAGACUGCCUCAGCUGCCACCCGGAAUGGUGCAUCAUCGAACAAAAGCAGAGAAGAUGAAGACAUAGCAAGAGCUAUUGAAUUAUCAUUGCAAGAGCAGAAGCAGCAGCAUGCAGAAACAAAAUCCUUAUAUCCCUCUGCAGAAAUUCAGUUAAAUAAUAAAGUUGCAAGGAAAGUGAGAGCUUUAUAUGAUUUUGAAGCCGUUGAGGACAAUGAACUCACCUUUAAACAUGGUGAAAUUAUUAUUGUUUUGGAUGACAGUGAUGCCAAUUGGUGGAAAGGAGAAAAUCACAGAGGAAUAGGACUCUUCCCAUCUAAUUUUGUAACAACUAAUUUAAACAUAGAGUCUGAGGCAGCAGCUGUGGACAAAUUGAAUGUAAUUGAUGAUGAGGAGGAGGAAAUUAAGAAAUCAGAGCCUGAGCCUGUUUAUAUAGAUGAGGAUAAGAUGGAUAGAGCCCUGCAGGUACUCCAGAGUAUAGAUCCAACAGAUUCAAAACCAGACUCCCAAGACCUCUUGGAUUUAGAAGAUAUCUGCCAACAGAUGGGUCCAAUGAUAGAUGAAAAACUUGAGGAGAUUGAUAGGAAGCAUUCAGAAUUGUCUGAAUUGAAUGUAAAAGUCUUGGAAGCCUUGGAACUAUAUAACAAGUUGGUGAAUGAAGCACCGGUAUAUCCAGUCUAUUCAAAGCUCCAUCCUCCGGCACAUUACCCCCCUUCAUCAGCUGGGGUUCCAAUGCAGACAUACCCAGUUCAGUCACAUGGUGGAAACUAUAUGGGUCAAGGCAUUCACCAGGUCACUGUUCCCCAAAGCUAUAGCAUAGGACCAGAUCCGAUUGGUCCACUGAGAUCUCUGCCUCCAAAUGUCAAUUCCUCGGUGACAACACAGCCUGCACAGACUCCAUAUUUAAGCACUGGACAAGACACUGUUUCCAACCCUGCUUACAUGAACCAGAACUCUAACCUUCAGUCAGCUGCUGGUACUGCUGCUUACACACAGCAGAUGGGGAUGUCUGUGGAUAUGUCAUCUUACCAGAACGCUACUUCUUCCAGUUUGCCACAACUGGCUGGCUUUCCAGUGGCAGUUCCAGCUCAUUCAGUGGCACAGCAGCAAACAAAUUACCAUCAGCAGCCUCUUCUUUAGAACAAACCAGGCAUUUUCUUGAAAGCCUUCAUAUGUGUAUUACUUGACCCUGGUGAUUCUAAUCUAAAAAUAUUAAAAGAAAAAAAUUUUUUUUUCUCAACUCAAAAGAACCAUGAAUAAAUAAAGCACAAAAACUUAUCUUACUGUGCUAGGCCAUGAAGGGCUUUUUCAGUCCAAUUUGUUUGAAGUGCAACUUCUGAUCAGAGGCAGCUUCAGGUAGCUUCCAGUUAAUUUUGUCUUACUUUCAAAUCUCGACACCUAAUAAGUAGCCUUAUGAUACUAAACAGCAUGAGCUAGGAGUAUGAAGUUUUUGCUUUAAAGACACCACUGUUUAUCCCUAAAACAUCAUGGUAACUGGGAGAGCACCAAAACCUUUGAGUAUUUUUUUUUUUUUUGGUCUUAUUUUUUUCAGUGUCCGCCACAAACUAUUAUUUUAAAAAAGGCAAACUUCUUUUUGGGUGAGCAUUUAGCUUGCCAGCAUAUUUCCCUUUGGCUCCUUAAAUUGCAGUUGUGUUUGCAGUACUGUCAGUUUUGCUCUCUGUUCUGUUGAGUAAUAAUUAGCAUAUAAUUGUCUCUAGAAACAAGAGCAAUUUGGAAGGAACAAAAAUGUUUUCUGUUAUUAACGUGAAGACUGUAGAAAUGCAGAUGUGCAAUAAAGCGUUUAGCUACUCCCCUGUCAUGGCGGCUGUGGGCUAAGGAAUGCCCCAUAAAACAUUUCCAUUCCCUGAAGACAAACGUUUUUCUUACAAAGCUCCCUUGUAUUUAGUAUUGCCACUAAUGACCUUCUAAAGUGACUUUGGCCAUUCUCUAAUGAAGAUAAUAAGGUCCCCUUGUUUUCCUUCCUGAAGUGUGGUGUGCAGAGAUGCUGCAUUUUCUUUUUAUGGAUUACUUGUCAAUUUGACCCAUGAGACAUUCCUAGUAAUUUGAUGUGAUAUAUUCCAAGCAUGAAUAAUAAGUGUGUUUUUAUAGAUGUGUUCUUCAAGUACCAUUGCUAUGCCAGGCUAUUGAGAAAUUUGGCCAUUCCUUUCAGAGAUAAUUCUAAGCCUGUGGGAUUGAUAGGGAAACUAUCAGGACAGUUUUUCUGAAGUCUGCAUUUUAUAAGUUUGCAGUGCUAAUAGAUUCCAUAUACUAUAGGAAUUACGUAGUAAACCAGUAGGGAUUGUUUUCUCCUAAAAAUACAUACACUACUGCAUCAUCUACCAACUUGUUAGAUAACGCAAAAUAGAAGAUGGCGAAUAUAUAUGCUUACAGAUACACGGUACUUAGACUGGGA